UCUCUCUCUUCCUCUUUUUCCUCAACUUUUGUUCUUCUUCUUUCCUAUCUAUCUAUCUAUCUGCAACCUGUUUCUUUUGUCGCAUUCUCUCUGAGAAUCAGCUUCCACCUCGGGGUCCUUGUCCCUUAACCAAGCUUUGUUGGAUAGACGAGAAAGGCAAUAAAGUGAGAAAGGAAAGGCGAUAUUACAUCGAAUCAGAUUACUCAUACGUAUUUGAUCUGGCUUGAUCACGAUAUCGUGCCUCGAUACCUUUCUACUAAGAAUAAGGCAGAGACUUGUCAAAGAUUCUCUCACUUUCUUUCCUUAUCUAUCUUGCCUUUCCUCACUUUUAGUUACCUUGUUCAACUAGAACAGACUCAUCCUCAUACAUUGUCACUCAUCUUCCUUUCCUCCCAUUGCACGGAACUCGCACAACCAAACGAAACCCACUUUCGGCAGAUCAGCUUCUUCACUAUCGCUCUCACUCAAGCUGAAACGAUUCUCUCUUCACUACCACCCCCUCGACAACUCAACCAUAAAAUUCCCAUUCUCAGUCAAGCUUUUGACUCUAGGCUUCUCGUACAGAAUUCUGCGCAUUUUCUCAUCGAGUCUAACAAGGCACUAGGCCAGGUAUCCUUUUUUUUUUUUUGCCCACAAGGUACCUGCAGUUGCCUUACUUUUGGUAGUAUCCAGAAGCCAAGCCAAGCCAACCAGACCGUCUGCGUGGUUCGGUUCUCGAUCUGGGGUUAAUAAUAGAUGCCACCCUCGUCUUCCUGACCCGCUUUCUUCCUUUCCCUUCCCUUUUACCUUUACAUUUGCAUUUACAACACAUUUCCAUAGGAGAUCAAACCAGCCUCUGACCUUUCACCACUGUCAAACGUUGGCAAACCCUAAUAUUCCCUUCUCCUCACUUCACUUCGUUUCUCUUCUCUUUCCCUCUACAGAGUCUCAUAUUCUCUACCAUGUACACGAAAAAAGGCAACGGGAGAACUGUUGCUCUCUCCAAGCGAAAGGCUCAACCAAAUGCUCUCGACAAGUUGGGUGAUAACCCAACAGAAGACGAGAUCAAGACUGCAGAGGCCAACGUUGCACUCGCUGAACUUGAGGAGAGGGUUGCCGAUGUUAGAGAAUCGUGGGAGACGGACUCUUUGUUUGAAGAUGCUUUCGAUGAGUUGAACGCAGAUAAUACGGUGGCCAUUAAUGGUGAGUUUGUCUAGUCAUGCCCUAUCCUAUCCUGAGAUCGCCCGAAUCUAUGCACUCUACUCCAAGAUUGCUAACCAUAUUCUCCGAAAAAAAAAAGACCCCAAAGUGUGCACACCUGAAGAAGCUAGCAGACUUCGUCGGGAGCUCCGAGAAUAUGGUCCAACAGUCUUUUGUCAACGCACCGUUGAUGCUGGUCACUAUACCGCCAGAAAGCUCCUCAGCGCCUUUGGCAUCCGUCCUCCGCCCUUCCUGGAGGGUCAGCCUGAUGAUGCGUAUUUCAGUUUAUUGUCGCUCGCUAUUACGCGUGAACUGUCAAAACGCGCCAAGCUUCUGCGUCACAACACGGUUGAUGAUGCCGUUGACCUGAUCACUAAGAGCAAUAACAUCAUUCUCAUCACUGGUGCUGGUAUCUCUACAUCGCUGGGCAUUCCCGAUUUCCGUUCCAAGGGAACUGGUCUGUACUCCAAGUUGGAGCACCUUGGUCUUAGUGACCCCCAAGAGGUUUUCGACAUUGGUGUCUUCCGACAAGAUCCCACCAUUUUCUACUCAGUGGCCAAAGACAUUUUGCCGAGCACGGACCGAUAUACACCCACUCACAAGUUCAUUGCCAUGCUCCAUGAGAAGGGCAAGCUCUUGACCAACUACUCUCAGAACAUCGACAACCUCGAAGUCAAGGCCGGUGUUCCCAAGGACAAGCUCAUCCAAUGCCACGGCUCCUUCGGAACCGCCACAUGUGUUCAGUGCGGUUAUAAAUGCCCGGGAGAGGCCAUCUUCCCCGAGAUCAAGGCUGACAAGAUCCCUCGAUGCCCACGCUGCGUCCAGACUCUGCGCACUACUGGCGGUGCGCCUAAGCGUAAGCGGUCUGCAGGCACAGAGAAGAAGCGAAGACGGUGGAGCGCCGAUAGUUCCGACGAGUCCGAGUAUGACAUCCCCAGUGCUGGUGUCAUGAAGCCCGAUAUCACCUUCUUCGGCGAGGCUCUUCCCGAUGAGUUCUCUCGACGACUCACCGAGCACGAUCGCGACAAGGUAGAUCUCGUCAUCGUUAUCGGCACUUCUCUCAAGGUUACGCCUGUAUCUGAGAUCGUGUCCUGGCUCCCCGCCCAUAUUCCUCAGAUCUACGUAUCUCGCCAGGCCGUUAAUCACAUCAAUUUUGACAUCGAUCUCCUAGGCGAUUGCGAUGUUGUUGUCUCUGAACUAUGUCGCCGUCUGCGCUGGCCAAUGGUGCAUGACAUGGUUCCCAAGAAUCAAAAGGUCGAAGUCCGUACUGAGCCUGGCUAUAAGAGCCGCCACGUUUUUGAGGAGCAGAAGACCAAGAAGUGAGAGCCACUGAUCGAAAUGUUUCUCUCAUAAUUUCGAUGGAGGAUGUGAAGACACUGCAUUUGUGCGUUUUUAUAAGAUUUUACAUUCUGUGCUGCAAGCGGAUGGCAUGGCGUCUCGAGGAUCGGAUACAAUGCCAACAAAAAAUGGAUGGACAUGGACGGAGUAAGGGUGUUUACGGGACUGACCGUCUCUUGUCUUCAUUUUUUUUUUUUAAAUUUUUUUUUUACAUGUCAGAGUUUGACUGUUUUUCAACCAAUUUCCCUCCUUACUUAGACAUGCGUUUCUCAUCCCUGCGCCUGUCUCGAUCCCUUUUCUGACGACAUUUACGUAUCAAAGACAAACUCGCGGGCUUCGAUAUCUUGGAGCAGGACUAAUUUACUGACACCCCAAACGAGAUUUUGGGGUGAGGAAAAGCGUUUGGUGGGGAUGGUAGAUCGAGUGAGAGACAGUGGCGGAGAAGAUACAGGGCAAAGUCGCUAUGUGUUAGAAAGCACGUAUAUACAUCGUAAUACAGAAAUUGAAGAUUCACGAACAAACUGCUAUUCGGAUGGUCUACCUG